UCUAUGUAGCUACGAUACGAUAAAAAUGAUUUCUAUCUUAACAUACGUACUUACAAUGAUGAGUUUAAAACAAGAACUAAUAAUCGCUUUAACAGUGCGAAAGUUUGUGUACCAGAAGGAUAUCUCGGAGCAUUGUCGACGACGUGUUAUGCCUUCGGUUUUCCUAGGCAGGCAUGUUGUCGAUGCCAAUUCGCAAAUACUACAUUUCACUAGACUGGAACUGCCAUAUAGCUGUUUUAUAAGCGUUAGAUCAGAAUCUGGAACUAAUUUAAUUUUGGUAAUACAAAUGGUUUUAAAAGACAGUAUUAUCUCAUCAUGUUCUAAAAAUGGUAACCAGCUGAUGGUGUAUGAAAUGAGUGAAACUUUUGGUGGAUACUGGGGGCCUUUGUCGGACUCUCUAAUAAUGCGAGAUCGUGCCAAUGACACAAAGUUUUAUACAUUGAAAACUACUCAGUCGACUGAACCCAGUUCUGUAGAAACCGAAGAAUAUGAUGAGACCACUGAAACUACUACAGAGACUGUGGAUUCCAAUGUUACCAUCGCACCGGAUGAUAACGCAAAGUAUAUAAAAGUGGAAUUACCAAUAAUGAAUGUUUCGGGUAAAUUUAUACCCGGCGAGGUUUCUCGGAAGAAUGUUUAUGAUAUUGAUGAUUCUUUCGACUCUCUGUAUGAUGUUACACCUCGCCGGGGUAUGUCCUACGAUACCAGCAUCAUACCGUUGGUCCAAUUCUCCCUAAAAAAUACUGAUGUACAGCAAAAGGGCGGUGAAGAUGAUUAUAAAUAUAAAAUGAACUACAAUUGGAAACCUGUAACUCCAGAUGACAGGUUAUUACUAUCAAGUCGAUUUGUGAAAAAAAAUUCGUAUAAACAGAAAUACAAUGCAAAUAAUCGUCUUAAUUUUAAAACAAAAAAGCCGUUUCUUGCGACAUACAGAAGACAUUCUUACAUAAAGAAACCAUUAGCGAUAACGCAACAUGUUUUGGCUAAUUUCACAAAAGGAUUUACAAUUGGAAAUUCGUCAUUAGUACAUAAGGAAAUACCAGGAAAUAUUUCGUGGGACUUUAUUGAUGAUCUCAUGAGAUCGUUUCGUAAAACAGCACCGACUAAAAGAGUUACACUAACAACCUUACAAAUUUUUAGCAAUACGUCCAAUUUAUUUCAGAAUAUCUUAGAUACAAAGCACAUUUCUAGCGUAUAUUUGUCACCCAAUUUAUCCAUAUAUUAUAAAGAUGUUCCAUUGCACGCUUCCGUUACCAGAAAACCAACAAUAACUACUGAGAAUUCGUUUCAGGUUAUUAAAGCUACAGAAAAUGAUUUGCUUUCAACAAAAUCUACAGUGCCAAUAAGAAGGCACACAAAUGUUGCGAAUGCGGCGCAUGCUGAUUACAAUAACAGUGCAAUAAAAACUACUUCAUCAUGGCAUAAUAUAUCUUUUUAUGUAGAUGGAGAUAGUAUUAUUGUAAAAACUAGCGCUACGACGACCUAUGAGAACUCUACGUCUUCCAUUUUUAUUACAAAAAGAGACGAAAACUUGACUGGUUCCCUGGUAGAUCGCGAGUCGUGGGACAACGUGGUGCAAGUGGCGCCAGUCAUGGCUGGCAUUUUGUACCUGAAGGCUAACCAGACUCAGAUACAAGACUUUAAUGUUACAAGUGGCACUAAACGCAAGAAACGGUAUAUAGAGUCGGUGCCGGUAGAGAAUGCGCGCCCUCACAAUAUCACAACAAAGGGCGACGUAAUUACCACGGCUGCAGCCAAAUACGACAUCGCAGACAUGCAGGACUUCGCACAGCUUGUUGAGAUACAGGAUGACGAGCUGCACGGACGCGUUGCUCUACGCUACCUGCGACGCUACGUCGGACCAGCGUUGUUUAAUAUUUGUGAUACCGAUACGGCUACACGACAUGUGUAUUUGUUCAAUUCUUCGAGAAUUGUUCUUGCUAUAAGCAAUUUUACGAUGGAUAGUAUGACAGUGAUAAUAACUCCUGCACGUACGGUAAUGACAGGUGAUGGCCAAUGUCCCGCUGACCACCUCGAGUGCCAAGUGUCGGGGGCUCGAGUCUGUAUCGAUUCUCUGACCGCUUGCGAUGGGAUACCCAACUGUGGUUCUUAUGAGAUAUACGACGAGGAUCGAUUGAUGUGCGGUGCUGCUAUUGGUCUCCAGCAUAACGUCUACCUUGCUGCCUUCGCGUUCCUUGCCGUUCUCCUAACUACGUUGUAUGGGGUCCAUUAUUGGCUAAAAAGAUGGGUGCCUAAAGUUUCUGAGGCGUUCUUCUUAUAUACGAAUGGAAGCGAAAAUAUGUUAUAUUUGGACACAAUUAUGCGAUCUCCAACAGAUGAGGAUGAUGUAUCUAAAAUGGCUUAUCAAGGAAACAUUUUGGAUGAUGAUUUGCUUAUAUUUAAAAGAUUUUUUAAAUCAUUCUUCACGUGUAGUUUGUUUCGAAAGAAGCGAAAGAAACAAGAUGCGUACGACAGUAUGGCACAAGAAGGUUUGUAUGCAUCUCUUGAAGAAAACAAGAAGAGAUAUUCAUAUGCGGAGUUAGAAUUAAGGAAAAUGUUAGACGCUGAGAGACUUAAAAGAGAUAUUGCUGUGCAAACUAGUGAUAGUUUAGAAAUGAGACAAUCCACAAGAUUAGGUACAAGUCCCAAUAGCACUAAAAGACAAUUUCAGGUACCACAAGAAAAAAAUAUAACUGAGAGCUUACUGGUUUUGAAUGAAAAUGUUUCACUUCAAGAUAUAGAUAAACUACGUUCUUUAGAUGAACUCAACAUUUUAAAUUUCUUUAACUCGAAAGAGUCUACCAAAUCAAUGUCCUCUGAUACGGUUAAAACUAAUUCUCCAGACAGAAGUAGCAUAACUUUUGAAGAAAAAGAAAUUAACAUUCAUACUUAUGAUCAGAAAACUAAAACAGACAUUCCUAAAACUUCAACAUUAGCAAAAGCUUAUGCACACGGGAAGGGUCUACCAGACCGAGGCAAAAAACACUUAAGAUUUGAAGAAGAAACUACCACAAUACCCCCGAAUGAUCAAGAAGAUGAAAGCGAUGAAGAGGUAAGCGAAAAUUUGAAUCGCCGUCGAAGUGUGGUUUUGGGUGUUGGUAGAUCAUGGAGAAAAAGGGAUUUGGACUCAAUAGAGGAGAUUGAUGAAAGUAUUGGAAACCUACAUGGAAACUCUAUUCGUUUCUGGGGCAAAUCCAAAAAGACAAAGAAAUAAAUUAAAAAGUCGUAAAAAAGUUAUUAAUGUGUACGUAUGGUUUGUUAUAUAGAAAAACAAUAACGUGCAUAUUAGAGUAAGUAUUUAAAUUGAAGACGAGCACCGCGUCAGUCCUCGCGUCGCGCCGCUAUUUCCUAAUUAAGAUCAAUUGUGCACCGGAUAGGACACGUGCCAAAAUGUGUCGUGUCUUUUUAACAGCAUUCCGUCAUCGUGUAUGUACACUGCAAUCAGGAUAAAUUGUUUCUUUUAUGUAUUUCGUUUACACAACGACUUCGGCUUAUUCAUAAAUUUUCACGAAAAUUGUUAGCGGAGAACUUACUUAUUACAGUUGGAAGAUGUGAUAGCUAUUUGCGUUAUAAAGUUAAAUAAAGAGUAUAUAAAAACAUAA